GAGACUUACCGGUCGAGAUUCCGUUCAAUGGAGGUAAAGGAGGAUGAGACACCCAAGGAGCUUCGCGCACGCCUAAAAGACCUGUAUGAGAAGUGGAUGGAUCCAAAGGGGAAGACAAGGGAGCAGAUAGGUGAUGCCAUCGUGCUGGAGCAGUUCCUGCGGAUCUUGAACCCGGAUCGUCAAACCUGGGUGAGGGAGAGGAACCCCACCACAUCCCAACAAGCGGCAGAGAUGGUGGAAGCUUUCCUGGCAGCUCGACGCCCACAAAAGGGGUACUUGACUCACCAGACUGUAACUCCUUUAAUGUGGGGAAAUGUUGGGGAAAAUGCGUUUAAGGCUAAAACUGUUAAUUCAGGUUUUCAAGGUGCUACCCAAAACCGAAAGAAGGAAUUUUGGCCUCGAAAUGUGGUGUGUCAUGCAUGUGGUCAAACGGGUCAUAUUAGAGCAGACUGCCCAAAUCAAACUGGGGUUCAGACAUUUCUGUGUUUUUCACCUGAGGCUUUUGAUUUGCCAGAAAAGCAGUUUGUUGCGCCGACUAGUGGUCAUGAGUACACAAUUCCGGUUCAGAUUGGGGGAAAACCAUUGAUUGCGUUAUUAGAUUCGGGUAGUAACCGUACAUUACUUAAGCAAGCUUGUGUGCCUCCGAAUGCCACAUUUUGUGGUACGGUUAAAGUAUGUUGUGUGCAUGGGGAUAACGUUGAUUACCCUGUGGCAAAGGUUCCAAUUAUGGUUAAGGGAUAA